CUGUUCCUACCGCGUCCCACAGCGCCUCGGUCGCGCCAGCCCCGAACACUACCAGGCGCCGGCGCCGCUCCAACACUGGAGAGAAACCUUACGCGUGCAACAUAUGCGACAAAAGAUUCGGACAGAAGGGCCACUUUAAUGUUCAUUACGCAAACCAUAUAGGAAAAUUCAAAUUCUCUUGCGAAUUAUGCAAAAGGGGAUUCGUAUACAAACAACAAUAUAUUACUCAUAUGCUGAUCCAUACUGGUGAAAAACCAUACGAAUGUGACAUAUGCAACAAGAAAUAUAGACAUAAAGGCCAAUUAAACCAACAUAAAAAUUCAAUUCAUUUUAAAUAUGAUCAGGAUCGCGUGGAGCCAGGAGAAAUAACUACAUGCAAAAAAGAGUCGUCAGAAGAAUCAGAAGAUCAUGUGCUCGCUAAAUAUUUUACGUGUGAUAUAUGCAGAAAGCAAUUUGCGGAUAAACACUAUUUAGACGCUCAUUCAAAAUACCACUCUGGAGAUUAUCCGUUCACUUGCGACAUUUGUAAAAGGAAAUUUAAUACGCAGUUUGCCUUGAAUACACAUAAAGUUGAUCACUCGAGAGGGAGACCUUUUAAGUGUGAUAAAUGCAAUAAAAGGUACACAACGAAAAGUGUUUUAACUCUACAUUUGAAAGUUCACGCUGAGGAUUAUAAGUACGCAUGUCAUCUGUGUAGUAAACGAUUCAUAACAAGGGAGACAUUUAAUGUACACAUGCGCGUACACACGGGGGAAAAGCCGUAUACCUGUGUAACUUGUGAAGCUAAGUUCCGCUAUAGAUAUGACUUGAAGAAACAUUUAUUGCAGAAACACAACCAAGUUAUGGACAAACAGUUCAGUUGUGAUACUUGUGGGAAACAAUUUGCAUUACAGGGGACGUUAGUAAAACAUAUGUACAGACACACUGUCCAGACUGAGAAGGCAACGAAGAAGAUGGAAAAGAAGAAGAAGAAGAAGGAAACCGCUGAUAAAAAGAAAGACCUAGCAUUCAUGUGUGAAAUAUGUAGCAAACGAUUUUCGACAAUAGCUAUUCUAAAAACCCAUAGAUUCACACAUAAUGAAGAAAAACCUAUCGAGUGCGAUGUAUGUCAUAAAAAAUACCGAACGAAGAGGAAUUUACUGGACCACAUGCAGGUGCACGAGGAAAAAAAACACUCGUGUGAAGUAUGCGGCCAGCCAUUCAGACAUAAGUCUGCCUUGAAUGUUCAUAUCCGACGGUUCCACUCCGAAAACAGUAGACCACAUGUUUGCGAUAUUUGUAAUAAGGCUUUUGUGGUUCUUGCUCAACUUAAAGAACAUUCUCGGGUACACACUGGGGAGAAACCGUAUGCUUGCGAAAUAUGCUAUAAGAAAUUUCCGUGGCAAAACGGGGUUAAACGACAUCUUAAACAAGUUCACAACGAGAAACCUACGAGAUUUGUUAAAAUAACAGAAUUGAAUAAAUAUGACUAAAUUAAAAGUCACUUGCUGUGUAAAAGAUAUUGCAUGCAAGAUGGCAUUGAGAAAAUCGACCCAUUUUUAGAGUCAUAAUUAUGUUCCUUUAUAGUUUUGCUAGGUCCGUCCGCGACUUUGCUCAGUGGUCG